ACAGCCCCCUCUGGCCUGACCCACGGGGGCCUCAUCCCAGCACACAUUGACCCCCCUAGUUUUAUUUUUCUUCAUUCAGCUACCAGACAACCCAGCAGCCUGGCCCCUGUUUGCCAGCCUAUGUCACAAAGUGCUGCUUUGCAAGCAAGCCUUAUAAUGCCCUGCAAGGGGGGUGCCUGUCAGAUGACCGUGAGAGACCUGUAGAGAAGAUGGAUUCUCAAGGACACAAGAAACUCCUGAGGCGCCCGAACAUGAAGGAGGCUGUAGGAGCACAACCUCUGGAGAUUGUGGGCCAUGGUUUCGGGAGGCAGCAGCAGCCCAGCGGUGAAGGAAAACCCGGGAAAAUCCAGAGGCAGGAGGCCUGCAAGAACGAGGCUCCAGCGCCUGCUCCCGGGACGAACAUCGACAAACCAUCGUGGCGGUUCCCGGCGGUUCCCGAUCCUUGCCUGCCUCACCCUCCCGCCGUCCUCCGUGCGGGGAUGGCUCCUUCCUGGCCGUACGUGGCACAGAAGCAGCAGCCACGGUUUCCCCCCAUUAGGAACACCUCAAGGGUGAUUCCGGAGCCGGGGGAGACUUUGGCUGCUGCCUCUGUGCCGGACCGGUCGGGGAGGAGCACAGACUCCCGCAUGGAGGAAUUCAGGGUGGGGCAGUUGAUAAGAUCAGCAAGGAGAAGGUUCCGCUUGGCAGCCGCCGCGUCCCAGGAGGGCCUGGAGCCGAGACAACGGCCUCUCGCCUCACAGGGUAUGGCUGGUGCACCGCUGGGGCUGCUGCCGAAGCCCCCUCCCCGCAAAUAAUGCAGGCCACGUUGUGUAUGCAACCGCCUGUACAUGAAAGCCCGCCCCUUCUCCGACGGCCUGGCCGAGGACAUCGACAAAGGCGACGUCUCCGCCCGCCAGGAGCUGAAGACAC